GAAUGUUGCGCAUGCGCGCUGUAAAUCGUGCACGGGGAAACGGUUCGAAUAUCACAGAUAGUUCUGUUCUCCGUAGUAAACGAAACUUUGCAACUAAACAGGUUUAUGCUUGAAUUAAGCAUCGGCUUGCACUAGCUUAACCCACCAUCAGCACUUUCUGACGUUACACCGAGCUUUCACGCGAAGACAGAAGCAUUUUCAGGAGAAAGAGAAACAGGACGUGUGAAGAUAUGCCUUCGCAGCGGUCAACAGUAAAGUGAGCGGAAACGACUCCCUGGUUUAUGAAGAAUAGCGUUUCGGCGGCGGUUUAUUUAUUUUCAGGAGGUGUUGUUUUACGAUGUCCGAGAGGAAGAAGGAAGAAAUAGAUGUUUGUGUUCAGAAAGGACGCACACACGCGUCCUCCCUCGCUGUAGAGAAAGCCGAGUCAUGUGCUGUUUGCACAACAAAGCUAAGUUCAAGCGCGGAGCCCAAACUUCUACCGUGUCUUCACAUGAUGUGUAAAGCAUGCAUUGUAAACAACUCUGAGGACAAACACCCCAAAGAAUGUCCAACGUGUGGCCAGUCUUUCAACCUGCCUGAAGUUACAGAUUGCUUCAUUUUUGAGAACUCCGCCCCUAAGUGUGGAGGAUGUGAUGAAUCUGUCCUUAGUGGAUGGUGUAAGGAGUGUGAGGAAGCUCUGUGUUCAGAUUGUAUAUCAGCCCAUCAGCGAGUGAAGGUGACGCGUAACCAUACAGUCAUACCACAGGAACCCCGAUCAGGCUUGAGUAUAAGCUUGCGCUGUACUUCACACAAACAGGAGCGACUCAAGUUCUUCUGUGUCACCUGCAAUCAGCUCACCUGUAGAGACUGUCAGCUGAUUGACCACAGAAACCACAGUUUUUUGUUGCUGGAGGAAGCGGUGGUUUCUCAGAAAGACGAGCUCAUGAAACUGCUGGACAGCAUCAGAGAGCAGAAAAACAGUAUGAGGGCCAGGCUGCAGGAUCUGGAUGGAAGAUUGAAUGCCAUAAAGGAAUUAAAGGCAUUGACACAGAAGCAACUGCAUAAUGCGCUGAAAUCCCUGUACGCCUCUCUGGUGAUACGAUGUCGUCAGCUGUCUAAGGAAUUGGAGGAUUUGUGUGAUGAAGAGGAGAAGAGCCUGAAGGUGAUGAAGACCAGUCUGAAAAAGCUGGAGGAUAAGCAAGAGUACAUCACUGCCUUCAUUCAUAAAAUACUGAGCACUGAGGGGCAGUGUAUCCUGCAGCACAAGAUGCAAAUCGAGAAAUGGGCACAGAGGGUUCUGUCAAAGAAGAAAUUUCUCCCUGAUACUGUGAUUCAGCUUUCACUCUCACUCAAUGAAAACAUCUGCCAUAAUAUUAAGAAUUUUGCCUCUUUUAAGGUGACUAGAGUUCCUCUUACUGCCAAAGGAAAAUACAACGGCAAUAAACCUAAAAAUGCACCCAAAGAAGCAGACAAACGCCCCUCAGGAUUAAAUUCAGAAUCUGGUGCAACUCGGUCAAUAUCUAACAUUACAUCCUUUCAGGCUACAGCCCAUUCGAUGUCCCAGGCUGUCUCUGAUCGUCCUCAGUGUGGACAGUCUGAGUCAGCCUCAUCAGAACCACUGCAACCCACCCAAGACUUAACAGACAUUAUAAGCUAUACUAGUUCUUCCUCUGUCUCCCCUAACGUUGCUGCUCCCCAAACCACUCAGAGCAACACGGCUCAGUAUGUAGUUGCUCAGGUGGGCCAGCAUUUGCCUCAGUCCAUCUUACCUCAACCCUCAAAGUCACAGCAGAUCUUCAGAAGUCUGUCUCACCCUCUUCAGUCUACAUCUCUCUUUCACUCCAGCUCUUUUCCUGGCACUGUAAUGCCUCAGGUUGUGUUACCACAGUCUCAGUCUGGUGUUGUCCUUGCUGCAGCAGCUCCUCCAGGCCUUUCUUCCUGUCCCUCUGUCAUGGUCCACACAGCCUCAUUCCAGUCUUCUCACUUUAAUAGCUUAACCAAUACCCAGUCUCACUCUCUCGCCAGUAGCCAAUCUGUUCCCUCUAUUAUCACCUCAUCUCCUUUGGCUCAGUCUAGUCAGGCCAUGUCUAACCCUCACCCAUCUACUAUGAAUUUUUCAUCUAACCAUAAACAGCAAAGCCUUCCUCAGUCUCAGGCAGUUUCAGGUCAGUCUUUUCCAUCUAAAAUUGCUCCCACUAAGAAAUCCCUGUCUUGCACUCAGGUUGUCUCCAACACUCAGUCUGUCAAUCUGCAGCCUUCUCAGUCUGCUGACACUCAAUCCAAUCAUUUACAGUUCACUCUACUCAAAGUACCAAACAACAUGGCUUCUCCCAACUCUAGAACAGGUUGGAAAUUCUACCAAUACACUCCUGUCUUGACUGCAAAUAAGGGCACCACUCUCAUCCGUCUACCCCAGCCAACAAAACACAUCUGGGUAAGAGAUGAUAAAUCAUCGCACCUUACGUCGGGUAACAUGUCUUGCCCCCAGGCUCCCAGCCACACAGAUUUACCAGUCAGCAGUAAUAAAGAACUGGAUCCCCCAGUGUCCAGCACGCCUUCACUCCCUGCUACUCCAAUUCCCAGUGCGUAUUGUAACGCAGGUCAAAUAGAGUGUGCCACUCAGACCAUCAAAAUGCCAACCUGUGAGCUCCCAGUGAAGGCUCCAGCUGAUUCUGUUUGUGAGGGAGAUAUGAGUGUUUGCAGCAGGGCUUCUCCAGUUGCUGAGGAAGCAGACAGUAGCCUGCCUACUUCCACUGUGCCAGAAAAAGACACAAAGAACUCAGAAGAACUCUCAGCGGUGCAUCAGCCACGUGAUCCUCAUUCCACUACCUCAAUCAAAGACUGCUCUUCUAACCAGAUCUCCCUUACUCGAUCUGAAUCACCGCUGAAGAGCAUAUCAACUCUGUCCUCCACAGGAAGCCCCUCAACUAAGCACUGGCUCACAGGCCUGCCGUCGUCCUUUAGAGCGAUUCUUACCAGUGAAAUAAAAGUGCCUUCUGAGGAUGCUUGCUCCAGAUCUACCUUAGAACACGCAUCUCCCCCUAAUGCAAAGAUGGACGAUGAUGAGAAGACUGAUAGUGAUUCUGAACUGGUGAAAGGGAUGGAUGACACAGAAGAGGAACCCAUAUUAAGAGACGACAACAAUAAGACUCUGCUUGUAUCGCUGCACCGCUUGCCCAUCUCAGGAUCUUCUCGGUCUCAGUUUCGAAUAGUUCCCAGUAGCCAAAAGGAUGAAAUGUUGCUUCAGGAGAUAGAUGAAAACCAGUCAAUCCAGAGAUGUCUCAGGAUCACUGCACCGCCAGCUGCUGCUUCACCCUCACCGUCCUGCAGUUCCGAACGUUUCCUGCAGGCUGACGUACUGGACUGUGCUGUGUGUCUCUCCGCUGGAGCUUCACUGCAGUGUGCAGAAUGUGCUAGAAGCUUUCAUACCAGCUGCCACGUGCCGCCAAUCAUUUUCAAUCCCAUUGCGACGUGGGUAUGCUCCCUGUGCCAGGAUGUGUUGGAUGAUACCGACCCAUUCAGUUGCAACAGACUUAAGGAACCGUACCUAAGUCUGUCGGACCAGAGGAGGUGUGAGCAACUUUUGCUCACUCUAAUGUGUGAGAAUCAUAGCUACCUGCUCUACAAAACUAUUAAGCAAAAUGGAGGAUAUGUGAAAUUUAACUUAAUUGUUGGACGGCUGUUGGGGAAACGCAGCCCUCCCUACCGCUCAGCAGCUGAAAUGGUGUCGGACCUCUGGGCUCUUUUUGACAAACUGUCAUCAAUCUCCAAGAAGAAAGACUUGGUUGUCAAGCUCCAAAGCUCAUUCCAGCAGCGACUGAACGUAUCAUUUGGGAACAGCCUCCAUGCUUCUCUGCUGAGACCUCUGAGCAGUGCAGACCAGACGGGGGCACCAGAGACCGAGCCUGAUCGAGAAAAGGUCAAAAAUACUCUCAAGAGGAUGAGGGAGUUUAUAGCUGCAAACUGUACUGUAGUGGCAAAGAAAGCCCAGACUGAGUGAAGGACCUGCAGCAUUUUGCAAGGAUAAGAUGAUUAGUAUUUUACAAAGACAUCUGUACAUCUCUGUAUUUCUAUUUUUCUAUUCUAUUUAUUAUUUCUUUGUAAUUAUUUUCUAUAAACAAAUCCAAGAAUGUACAUAUUGCUUUAUUGCCAUGGGUAAUAAAGGUUUGGGUUCUACAUUUUGUUUACUUGCUGUAGAAGUAUCUGUUUCUAUGUCGGCCUACCACUUCACAGACUGAAUGUAGGCCAUAUAUACUGGUGUAUUUAUUUAAGGCUUUCGUGGCAGGAAAAAUAGGGAUUUAUUUUUUUUGUGUUGAAUCAAAGUUCAAUAAUGAAAUAAAGUUUCUUUGUUAAAUCUGUCUUUUGUCAACACUGUUUAUGUAGUCUCGUGUAAUAGCU